AUGCUACAAAUAUCAUCAAAGACUUCAGUGGAAGGAAAUAGACUCGAAACUAUUCAAGAGGUGGUAGAUACCCCGCCGCCAUCUAGUACAGAGGAAUCAAGCACCCCUUAUACGGGAAAAUCAUUAGAUAAAAGGACAUACAAGGACUUCCUGAGUCAGCCGCCGCCUGGUCUGGUCCACCUUCAGAGAUUGCAGUGGCUGCAGCAGCGUCGAACACUGGGUCUCUGGGUUCAGUGCGACACUUGUGACAAAUGGCGUUACCUAGCCCAUGUUCUGGAUCGUCAUGAGUUGCCUGCGAAAUGGUUCUGUAAUAUGAAUACGGAUUCAAAUUUAGCAAGUUGUUCAGCGCCAGAGAUGGAAAUCGAAGCUCAUGACGAAGAAGAUUUAAUACACAGUGAAUACUCGGCUGGGUCGCUCGUACUGGCUCGCCUGCCUGGGUGGCCCUGGUGGCCAGCGAUGGUUGACGACUGUCCCGACACGGAGCAGUACUACUGGCUAGAUGGCUUCUCUGAUAUACCCACUCAUUAUAAUGUUGUAUUCUUCGACUCUAAUGAAGUUACACGAGCAUGGCUGGCGCCAAAUGAAUUGCGUCCGUUAGGAAAUGAUAAGAUGCAGAAAAAAAUGCUUAAAAAUAAGGCGUUUCAACAUCGCCUCGAAGUAGCUGCUUAUCAGGCAGAAGAUGCUAAAAAACUAUGCUUGCCUAAACGAUUAGAGAAAUAUAGUUUUAUUGCAAGAUACAAGGGACCCAUUAAAUACCCUAAAACACCUAAGAAUAUUUUGAGAAGACACCAAGAUCGUUUGAAGAGGAAAUUUAAUAUAACAUUCUCUGAUGAAUCAAAUUCAGAUGAGAAUAGUGAAGUUACAGAAAAAGUUGCUGUUAAAAACAAAAAACCUUCAUUGAAGAAAGAUAGUUUAACUCUUGCUUCGAAAAACAAAGUUUCAAAGGACAAUAAUAAUAUAAAUUCCAGUGUUAAAGAACACUGUAUGGAUGGCGUGGAAUGUAAUGAAUUAAACACCAACACAAAAAUGAAUUCGUCUUUGAUUGUGCAGUUCGAUUUAGAUGAGGGAUUCCAGGAAAAUAAUAAAGUACCCGAGAAAAUUACGUUGCCUGAAGAAUCUAAUCAUCCAGCUCGAGGAAACGCUGCUGAUGGCGAUGAGAGCGAUGGUUUUGAAUUUUAAUAACUUAUGUAAUUUAUAAAAAGGACUACUUAAAUCUUAUAUUAUAUUUUGCUUGAGAUAUUCGAUAAUGUUAUUUUAACAAUGGACUAUUUAGCGAUGUUUAAAUAAAAUUUCAAUUGUUCUAAGAA